AUGACGCCGGAGGACCAGGAGGAGACCCAGCCGCUCCUGGGGCCGCCCGGCGGCAGCGCCCCUCUCAGUCGCCGGGUCUUCCUCGCCGCCUUCGCCGCCGCCCUGGGCCCGCUCACCUUCGGCUUCGCGCUCGGCUACAGCUCCCCCGCCAUCCCGAGCCUGCGGCGCGCCGCGGCCCAGGCCCUGCGCCUCGACGACGCCGCCGCCUCCUGGUUCGGGGCCAUCGUGACCCUGGGAGCCGCGGCGGGGGGCGUGCUGGGCGGCUGGCUCGUGGACCGCGCCGGGCGCAAGCUAAGCCUUCUGCUCUGCACCCUGCCCUUCGUGGUCGGCUUUGCAGUCAUCACCGCGGCCCAGAACGUGUGGAUGCUGCUCGGGGGCCGCCUCCUAACCGGCGUGGCCUGCGGUAUUGCCUCGCUUGUAGCUCCGGUAUAUAUCUCUGAAAUCGCCUACCCUGCAGUGCGGGGGCUGCUCGGCUCCUGUGUGCAGCUGAUGGUCGUCACAGGCAUCCUCCUAGCCUACCUGGCAGGCUGGGUCCUGGAGUGGCGCUGGCUGGCUGUGCUGGGUUGUGUGCCCGCCUCCUUCAUGCUGCUGCUCAUGUGCUACAUGCCCGAGACCCCACGCUUCUUGCUGACCCAGCACAAGCGCCAGGAAGCCAUGGCCGCUAUGCAGUUCCUGUGGGGCUCUGAGCAGACCUGGGAGGAGCCCCCUGUCGGGGCCGAGCACCAGGGCUUCCGCCUGGCCCAGCUGAGGCUUCCUAGCAUCUACAAGCCCUUCAUCAUCGGCGUUUCACUCAUGGCCUUCCAGCAGCUGUCAGGGAUCAAUGCUGUCAUGUUCUAUGCAGAGACCAUCUUUGAGGAGGCCAAGUUCAAGGAGAGUAGCCUAGCCUCGGUCAUCGUGGGCAUCAUCCAGGUGCUGUUCACGGCCAUGGCGGCCCUCAUCAUGGACAAAGCUGGGCGGAGGCUGCUCCUGACCUUGUCAGGUGUGAUCAUGGUGUUCAGCACCAGUGCCUUCGGUGCCUACUUCAAGCUGACCCAGGGCGGCCCCAGCAACUCCUCACACGUGGAUCUCUCGACACCCAUCUCCAUGGAGCCCACCAGUGCCAGCGUGGGGUUGGCCUGGUUGGCAGUGGGCAGCAUGUGCCUCUUCAUCGCUGGCUUCGCCGUGGGCUGGGGGCCCAUCCCCUGGCUCCUCAUGUCUGAGAUCUUUCCUCUGCACGUCAAGGGCCUGGCCACAGGUGUGUGCGUCCUCACUAACUGGUUCAUGGCCUUCCUGGUGACGAAAGAGUUCAGCAGCAUCAUGGAGGUUCUCAGGCCUUACGGCGCCUUCUGGCUCGCCUCCGCCUUCUGCAUCUUCAGUGUCCUUUUCACUCUGUCCUGUGUCCCUGAAACCAAAGGAAAGACUUUGGAGCAAAUCACAGCCCAUUUUGAGGGGCGAUGACAACCCCUUCUCAUGAGUGGCUGCCACUCCUAGCAGGGCCGGCUUUGGGCUUCAGAGGAGACGGAAUCACCUGUGACUCCAAGCUGGGCCUCAGCCAGAGCCUGGAGCCCCUGCCUGUCCCCAGGGAGGUGGAA